CGAGAAGCGCAGAGGAACUUACUCUUCUGGAUGACUUAAUGGGAGGAAGGUGGAGUGCAGAGCGGCUUUUGUGCUCUUCCCAUGGUCGAAGCAGCAGCUGGCAGACAAAGAGGAUGGCAAUAAGAGCCCUUUGGAGAACUGAGGAUAACAAGCAACAUUGAAUAGCAAAACAAGUCAGUCCAGAAAUAAAAAUAUUUUCCAUUUCCUUCAGAAAGCAACAAAUUCUUCACCUUCCUCAGCAGGUGAGAAAGAAACGAGAGAAAAUCAGGAAGAGAUUUCUAGCUGAGAAAAGUAGAGUAUGAAAUUCAAGCAUGCAUUACAUGAAGGGUGUUGCAGACUCUUGAAGGAAGAAAACGGAUGAAUCAAAGCUUCAGUAAACAAGGGAUCAUCCAUAUUUUUGACCUCCUCAAGAAUAUUAGUUGUGGAAGAGCUCCCUAGAUGUGCUGUUGUGAGAAAGAUACAACUUGCAAAUCACAGCUGAUUAUGCCUGAGAGAACCCAGACUGGAGAAAAGUCGUACAAAUACUCUGAAUGUGGCAAAACCUUUUGUCAGAACAACUCCGCUGUGGUCAAUGGAAAGAUCCAUAUAGGAGAGAAGCUGUACAAGUGCUCCCAAUGCUGUAAAUGCUUUAGCGAACAUGGCAAUGUGGACUCACACCAAGGAGAAACCUUUUGAAUGUCCUCUCUGUUGGAAAAGUUACAGUAACAAAUACAACCUGGUGACACACCAAAAGACUCACACAGAAGAGAAACCAUUUGAAUGUCCUGAUUGUGCUAAAAGUUUCAGUACUAGUUUCAGCCUGGUUAGACACCAGAAAACUCACAUAGGAGAGAAACCGUUUGAAUGUCCUGAUUGUGGGAAAAGUUUCAGUCACAAUUCCACCCUGGUGAAACACCAGAGGACUCACACAGGAGAGAAACCCUUUGAAUGUCCUGACUGUGGGAAAAGUUUCAGUCAGAAAUUCAGCCUGGUUCAACACCAGAGGACUCACACAGGAGAGAAACCCUUUAAAUGUCCUGACUGUGGGAAAAGUUUCAGUCAGAAUUCCAACCUCAUUAGCCACCAGAGGACUCACACAGGAGAGAAACCAUUUGAAUGUCCUGACUGUGGGAAAAGGUUCAGUCAGAAUUCCAGCCUCAUUGGCCACCAGAGGACUCACACAGGAGAGAAACCCUUUGAAUGUCCUGAUUGUGAGAAAUGCUUCGUUCAGAAUUCCAGGCUGGUUCGACACCAGAGGAUUCACACAGGAAUGAAACCCUUUAAAUGUCCUGACUGUGGGAAAAGUUUCAGUCAGAAUUCCAGCCUGGUUCAACAUCAGAGGAUUCACACAGGAAUGAAACCCUUUAAAUGUCCUGACUGUGGGAAAAGUUUCAGUCAGAAUUCCAGCCUGGUUCAACACCAGAGGAUUCACACAGGAGUGAAACCCUUUGAGUGUCCUGUUUGUGGGAAAAGUUUCAGUCAGAAUUCUACCCUGAUUCAACACCAGAGGACUCACACAGGAGAGAAACCCUUUGAAUGUCCUGAUUGUGGGAAAAGUUUCAGUCAUAAUUCCAGCCUAUUUCAACACCAGAGGACUCACACAGGAGAGAAACCGUUGGAAUGCCCUGAUUGUGGGAAAUAUUUCAGUCAGAAUUCUAGUCUGGUUAAACACCAGAGGAUUCACACAGGAGAGAAACCCUUUGAGUGUCCUGAUUGUAGGAAAUGUUUCAGUCAGAAUUCCACCCUGAUUCAACACCAGAGGAUUCACACAGGAGAGAAACCCUUUGAAUGUCCUGAUUGUGGGAAAUGUUUCAGUCAUCAUUCCAGCCUGUUUCAUCACCAGAGGAUUCACACAGGAGAGAAACCCUUUGAAUGUCCUUAUUGUGGGAAAUGUUUCAGUCAGAAUUCCAGCCUAUUUCAACAUCAGAGGAUUCACACAGGAGAGAAACCCUUGGAAUGUCCUGAUUGUGGGAAAUGUUUCAGUCAGAAUUCCAGCCUGAUUCGACACCAGAGGAUUCACACAGGAGAGAAAUCUUUUGAAUGUCCUGAUUGUGGGAAAUGUUUCAGUCAUAAGUCCAACCUGGUUCAACACCAGAGGACUCACACAGGAGAGAAACCCUUUGAAUGUCCUCUUUGUGGGAAAUGUUUCAGUCAGAAUUCCAGCCUGGUUCAACACCAGAGGACUCACACAGGAGAGAAACUAUACAAGUGUCCAUACUGUGGAAAAGAUCUCAAUACUAAGGUUAACCUUAUAAAUCAUGUCCUUAUACACAAAGGGGAGAAACAAUUGUGGAAAAGCUCCAUAGACAUUCCUGUUGUAGGAAACAUACAAUUUGCAAAUCACAGCUCAUUAUGCCUAAGAGGAUCCAGACUGGAGAAAAGUCAUACAAAUAUUCUGAAUGUGGCAAAACCUCUGGUCAGAACAACUCCAUUGUGGUCCAUGGAAGAACUCACACAGGAGAGAAAGCCUACAAGUGCUCCCAAUGCAGUAAAUGCUUUAGCAAGCAUGGCAACGUGGACUCACACUAAGGAGAAACCAUUUGAAUGUCCUGAUUGUAGGAAAUGCUACAUUAACAAUUCCAGCCUAGUUCAACAUCAGAGGAUUCAUACAGGAGUGAAACCCUAUGAAUGUCCUGAUUGUGGGAAAAGUUUCUAUCAGAAUUUUAGCCUUGUGAUACACCAGAGGACUCACACAGGAGAGAAACCAUAUGAGUGUCCUGUUUGUGGGAAAAGUUUCAGUAAGAAUUCCAGCCUCGUGAUACACCAGAGGACUCACACGGGAGAGAAACCGUAUGAGUGUCCUGUUUGUGGGAAAAGUUUCAGUAAGAAUUCCAGUCUCGUGACACACCAGAGGAUUCAUACAGGAGAGAAACCGUUUGAAUGUCCUGACUGUGGGAAAAGUUUCAGUGAUAAUUCCAACCUGGUGAAACACCAGAGGACUCACACAGGAGAGAAACCCUUUGAAUGUCCUGAUUGUGAGAAAUGUUUCAGUGAUAAUUCCAGCCUGGUUAAACACCAGAGGAUUCACACAGGAGAGAAACCAUUUGAAUGUCCUGUUUGUGGGAAAAGUUUCAGUCAUAAUUCCACCCUGGUUGAACACCAGAGGACUCAUACAGGAGAGAAACCCUUUGAAUGUCUUGACUGUGGGAAAAGUUUCAGUCAGAGUUCCACCCUGGUGACACACCAGAGGACUCACAGAGGAGAGAAACCAUAUGAGUGUCCAGACUGUGGGAAAGAUCUCAGUACUAGAUCUAGCCUUCUAAAUCAUGUGCUUAUACACACGAGAGAAACCAUUUAAGUGCCCAGAGUGUGGACGGUUUUUCAGGGAACAUUCUACCCUUAUUGCACACAAGAAAAUGGUGGAUAGAUGUGAGGGGGAAAAUUGUACAGUAGAUAAUGUUUAAUUUCUAAAACAGUGUUGCAUAAGAAUCUUGAAUAGCUUUUGAGAAAGGCAAAGUGUCAGAAUUUCUGUAAACUGAAGACGUUUCCUGUUCUUUCACUUUUCUCUCAGAGUUCCUUAAUGUUUUUUUCAAAAAUUUAUCCUUCAAAUAUAGGGAGGAACAUUAUUUAUAGCAGUGAAAGUGACAUUUUAGCUAUGCAGAUGAAUGAUCCUGAUUUUUCUGGGAUUGGAAGACACUAAAGAAUUCCAAGAUUUAUUUCCCCAAAACCAUUCAAAAAGAUAAGUAACAUUUUUUUUAGUAGGUCUCAUUACACGAAGGACACCCAACAACCAGAACCAAGCCAGGUGUGUGUGUGGAGAAACCAAGAGGCUCUUGGCCUGAUCUUUAGUCCAAGUGAUUUCAAAUUUAAACAUAUGGAAAAUUUCUAAAAUUUAAAACAGUAAAAAUAUAUUUAAUCAAUUUUCCUCUUUUUCUUUCCUUGGUGUCACAUUUUAGUGUACCAUCUUUAAUGUGUCUCAUCUUAUUAUAGUUAGGAGUUGGAAAUGCUUGCAAUGUUCCCAAAACCUCUGAAUCUCUUACAGGGCUAUAUUCAUAAAAAAAAUGCUACCGGUUUCUCCAAACCAGUAUUUCCGACGAUCAGCUGUGCCAUGCAAUUUAUAUUCCUUCGAAAACAGGAAAUCCUGCUUUCUAGCAAAUAUAAAUCACGCAGCACAGCUGUUCCCUCCCCCUCGCUGUUCUACUUACCUUCUUAAGCCUCCUUUUUCCGCACUGCACAGUAGCGCCUGCACUGUGCCUGCGUGCAAAGCGUGCAUUUGAUGCACACCGCGCAUGCACUAUACAUGUGUAUGCAUUGCGUGUUUGCCGUGCACCAUGCAUGCUGCAAAGCAAACCGAUGGCAAACCUCGGAGGAUUUCACUAUAUAUAUAUAUAUCUAUAUGUAGGUCUUUGGCUGUUCGGGUUUUCUCCCGUGUAAAAUUAGAAGUGUCUUGGCGACGUUUCGACGAAGUCUCAUUCGUCAUCU